AUGGUGAGGACUACAUUCACAGUGUGCCUGCGGUGCAAGGGACACACCAUCUACCAGCAGGUCUUGUCCGUGGAGAGCCCCAGCAGCCUGCAGAGCUGGAACUGGGGCUACUGCGGCCACUACGCCUUUUACCAUGCCCUGUACCCCCGUGCCUGGCUGGUCUACGAGCUGCCGGGGCAGCAGGUGGUGCUCACCUGCCGGCAGGUCUCGCCCGUCAUCCCCCAUGACUAUAAGGACUCCAGCUUGCCGGUGGGAGUGUUCAUCUGGGAGGUGGAGAACGGGAGGGAUGAGGACGUGGAGGUGUCCAUCAUGUUCAGCCUGCAGAACGGGCCGGGAGCGAAGGCGGCCGGGAGCGGCGGGCACUGGAACGAGCCCUUCACCUUCCACAAGGAUGGCCAGCGGGUUGCUGGGGUCCUGCUGCACCACUGCCCGCCCGUGAACCCCUUCACCCUGGCCAUCUCUGCCCGGGAGAAGGCUGGCACGGGAGUCACCCACGUGACGGCAUUUGAUCCCACAGGAUUGGGUGGAGAGGUGUGGCAGGACCUGCUGCAGGAUGGCAGGCUGGAUUCACCCCCUGGUGAGUGCCUCCAUCCACCCUGGGACGGGUGCAGGCGGAGCAGGGCAAGUGGGUGGCCAUGCUGCUUCUGGGCACCCAAGCCAGGGCAGUGUUCUUUGCUCCAGCCUCCUUGGCUCUUCAAAAUCUCCCCAGGAUGCUGUGGUUUCUUCCCAAAUUUAGGCUGUAUCCAAACUUCCUAUUGCUUGUCUAUUGGAAUAAAACCACAACGCAACACUUGUCCUUGCUGUGGUUCUUCAAAAGUUUUUCAUGCCGCUUUGGGGCUGUUCUUGACAUUUAGUGAUGCCCUGACACACUUCGAGGAGUGGGAGAGGAAGAUUGAAGCGUGGCAGAAUCCCAUCCUGGAGAACAGCCAGCUGCCUUCCUGGUACAAGUCAGCCCUGUUCAACGAGCUCUACUUCCUGACGGAUGGAGGGACCAUCUGGAUGGAGGUGCCCCCUGACUGCUGUGCCGAGGACCUGCAGGGGCCGGCGGGGGCGGGGCUCUCCCACCUCCUCCCUGUCCUGCGGGAGUACGGAAGGUUUGCUUAUUUGGAAGGCCAGGAGUACCGGAUGUACAACACCUACGAUGUCCAUUUCUACGCCUCCUUUGCCCUCAUCAUGCUGUGGCCCAAGCUGCAGAUCAGCCUGCAGUAUGACAUUGGUGAGUGUCCCCAGAGCCCUGCCUUGGUGCCUGCUCCUCAGGGAGAGACAGAGCCUUUGGGACAGCUGCUGCUGCUGCAGAGAUGUGCCAUGGAGCCAGCAUCCCCCUCCAGCUGCUCUGCUGAAAACUUUAUUGGGAGAAUAAAGAUGCUGAAGGAGGUGAUGGAGGAGGCACUAAAAGAGCUUCUAAGGGUGAUGCUAAAGGAGGUUUUAAGGAGGUGCUAA